AUCAAGACUUCCUCAACUUCUCUAAAGUGAUAUAACCUUACCAGUUCAUUUCUUCAACACCUAAGACACAAGAAUGGCACCAUGGAUAUUUCUCAUGUUCCAUUCAUUACUAUUUUUGCAAUCGGCUCCAUCGUCUUUUGCAAAGUUUCCAUAUAGGCACUUCCCUUCAUCGAUCAUACGCCCUGAAACACCAUCUCUCUCAAGCAACAACAAGAUUUACAAAGCAAAAUACUUUACUCAAAUCCUUGAUCACUUCAAUUACAAUCCACAAAGUUACCAAACCUUCCAACAACGGUAUCUGAUCAAUGACACUUCUUGGGGUGGCCCCAAAAGCAAAGCACCAAUCUUUGUGUACACCGGGAAUGAAGGAAAUAUCGAAUGGUUUGCUGAGAACACUGGCUUCAUGUAUGAUAUCGCCCCUAAGUUCAAGGCUCUUCUCGUUUUCAUUGAGCAUAGGUACUAUGGAAAAUCGAUACCAUAUGGAGGUGAUAGGAAGAAAGCGUACAAGAACUCAAAACGUUUGGGAUACUUGAGCUCCACACAAGCAUUGGCUGAUUAUGCUACACUCAUCCUUGAUCUCAAGAAAAAUAUGACAGCCAUGGAUUCUCCGGUUAUCGUCUUUGGAGGUUCCUAUGGUGGAAUGUUGGCUGCAUGGUUUAGGCUAAAGUAUCCACAUGUGGCCAUUGGGGCAUUGUCAUCUUCUGCACCAAUCCUUCAAUUCGAGAACAUUACAUCUCAAUAUUCUUUCAACAAUAUUAUUACCCAAGACUUUAAGAGUGAGAGCGAAAAUUGUUACAAAGUAAUAAAAGGAUCGUGGAAACAAAUCGAGGAUACUGCUAGUUCACAUGGGGGACUCGAAUUGCUUCAAAAAUCCUUUCAUAUAUGCAAAAAUUAUAUUAGCGGAGGUUAUCUAGAAGGGUGGCUUGAGACGGCAUUUACUUAUGCAUCAAUGACGGAUUAUCCAACACCGUCAGAUUUUCUUGCUCCAUUGCCCGCUUUCCCUGUCAAACAGAUGUGCAAGGCAAUUGACAAUCCUACCCUCGGAAACGAUACGUUUGCAAAAUUAUAUCAUGCAGCUAACCUCUACUAUAAUUACACUGGAGAUGUCAAAUGUUUUGACCUUAAUGACAAUUCUGACCCCCAUGAUCUUGGAGGAUGGCAAUGGCAAGCUUGCACAGAGAUGAUAAUGCCAACAGGUGGAAGUAAUGAAGACAGCAUAUUUCCAGUUUAUACAGAGACUUACACGGGCCAUUCUCGAUACUGUGAAAAAACUUAUAAGGUCCAACCCAGGCCUACUUGGAUUACGACGGAAUUUGGUGGCCAUGAUAUUAGAAGAGUAUUAAAACAUUUUGGUAGUAAUAUCAUAUUUUUCAACGGUUUACGAGACCCUUGGAGCGGUGGCGGGGUGCUAAAGAAUAUAUCAAAAAGCAUUAUUGCCAUAGUUGAGAAAGAAGGGGCACAUCAUGUUGACCUAAGAUUCGCAACCAAUGAAGAUCCCAUGUGGCUUCGAGAUGUAAGAAAGAGAGAAAUUAGUAUCAUGCAAGCUUGGAUUUCUGAAUACCAUCAAAAUCUUGUUGAUUCAGACACAUUCUAGUAACAUAGAUACCAUCCACCUCUUGUUUUUUAAAAAAUUUAUAACUUUGGCACUAUCAAUACAAUAAUUAACAAUACCCACA